AUGCAGGAUGUGGCAGAGUUGCAGAAGGAUGUCACGGCGCUGACAACGGGCUGGCGGCAAAGUGCGCUGGAAGUCGAUGCAAGUUGCAUGAUGGAGGUCCGGAACGCUUUGCAAAGACAAGUUCUGUGCUCAUCACAGCUCCAUGAUCCGGCUGCAGUGACGGCAGCGUUUGCUUGCCGCCCGCUGCGUGCUCUGGCCCAGCUGCGGCUGCGAAUUCAUCCUGCCGCGGAGCUGUCGGGCCUUGGCGCACUCAAGGCAGAGGGUGGGAAGCUCUACCACGCGUUGAGCACUGCCGCGAAUCAGAUUGCAGAGCUACGUGCAGAGCACCGGUAUGUCCAUUCGCCCUUGAAGCGGAAUGUGAAGGAGCUGUCGCUCCUGGUGAAGAGCCAGGACAUUCUGCUGCGCGCGCUCACUCGGAAACAUUCGCCAAGGCGGGCAAGCACUCUGCAGUCCGUGGCGGAGGAGGAUGAGAGAUCGCAGCGGAGUUCGCACAGUUCGAACAGCAACACGCCACCCCAGCCGCGGCCAAAUCCACAUCCAGCGGCGGAGCCCAAGGGGCCCCAGCCCGUCGAGGAGCCCAAGACGCCUGUCGCGGAGCCCGAAGCACAAGCACCAGCACAGUCGAGCUCCGAGCCGUUUCCACUCCAUGUGGUUCAUGCGCGGAGCAUGAGCACCGUCUCGGACGCCAGCCUUGGAGCACUUAGUGCACCACAGUCAGCGACAGGUUCGACUCCGAGGCCCACAAUCUUGGGCAGAGAGUCCAGGACUCGGAGCCACGAUGCCAAUGAAGUCGCUGACCAGCUCGCCACCCUGCUACUUGGAGAUGAGAAGCCAGCAUUUUGUGCCCAUGUCGGUUGGAAUCUGUUCCGAGCGGUGUUGAGUCGACAACCCCAUGAUGCCGACAUGGCAAAGGUAGCACCUGGUAGUGGAGCUAAUGAAACAGCACAUACUCCGAUAGGAGUGACCAGCAAUGAUUACAAGCUCUGGGUGCAUAGCUCGCUCCACGCACAUGGCCCCGCGCCGCAGCGCCUGGCUCUUCCUGGCUGCGCUGGCCUCCAGACGCAGAUAUGGGCAUCUAUGGGCUUCAGGGUCCAGCUCCUGGUUGAAGAAGGGUCCAGGGUAAAUUGCACAGUGCCUUUUUGGGGCUUGCAUGGAAAUUGGAGUUGGGCCACGGAGUUUCACAAAAGCCAUGGCUCCUCGAACUAUCUGGGAUGGGUUGUCUAG